UUCAGUUUCCUUAGGAGCGCCAUGGAGUGCAGAGCUGUUCCCAUUCUACCCACCUAUUCUCAAGCCUGUGGUACUCCUAUGCCCCGGAAAACGUCCCUCUGCCGUACACUCUUUGAUUAUGGUCCUCUAAACGAUCCGGUGAUCAUACUCAUAACACUGGCCGUCGUAGUUGGAUCCUUUUGCCUGCUCAGCGGAUUCAUUUUACUGUGCGUUGUCUCAAAAGCCUGGCAGGAUGAGACUUCCGAGGCCAUUCUCCUAAUGGCGAUUGGCUUCUUCAUCACGGCUUUGUCCUGCGUAUCGUGGAAAUUGACGCGAGCUCAACGAAUUUCCCAGUUAGUGGAUGCCCUCAGCGUAGAUAACCAAACCAUUUAGCUUGAAAGUAUCUAACGUAAGACAUAUGAAAACUACGAGCUUGCAAUUAGUUGCAAUAUACCUGAUAAACUCUAAAACGUUCAACAUUAGGGGCUGUCCGAAGUAAGAUUGGUCUUAAGUUGUUUUUCCUAUUCGCUUAUGUUAAAGUACAUGAAUUAUCUUAUCAAUGUCACCUAUUUAAUAAUCUUGUUUGCUUUAUAAUAAUAUAAUAAUAAUAAUAUUUAAUAUUAAUAUUAAAAUAUUAACCGAGACUCCCUGGUUUCGGACUAACUUAAUACAUAAGUGGGCUAAUCAACGUGCCACCGCACGCAAAGGAUAACCUCUCAUUCGGUUUUGAAAGAUUCAAUUGCAGCAAGGCCAUCCAAAGUCGAGAUCCCAUUUGAAUCUCGCUCCCUCCAGUUAUCUUCUGAUCCCCGAAUUCUCCGCACGAACUCUCACUGGCAAUCAGCACGAAUUCCUCACAGCAAAUGAAUUUCUUUGAAAGAUUGGAAUAUCAGCAUAUGUCGCUUUGUUAAAUGACCACUCACUUUAGAAUUUGAAAAACAAGGGGCAUUCCUCUUUAUUUCCAAGUCCUUGGCGGUCAGCUGGUCCUUUGGCUUCGAAACUAUUUUCGCGAUGCACUAACAUUCUCUGUAGUGUAAGCAUUUGCCUGGCUUCUGAUCGUAGGUGGUGCAGUAUGUUUGAUCUUGGGGAGGGAAACAUUACUACAGGUCACCCCUCAUCUGCUGGCACUUACAGGGCUUCUCUGUUUGGUUUCCAAAGGGAACUGCUUGUCCGGAUUGUUGACCAAGUUUAAGGCAUAUGACCAGGAGCAGCAAUUGCAAAACCGUCAUUGCGCCACCAAGCUCUGAUAUGAACUGAAUGCAGAAGACAGUCAAACUUCAGAGGAAUCUCUGUGGAUUAUCUGAUUACAGGUAGCUUGAUUGCAUAUUGCAGUGAUUAAAUUUACAGAGAAACAAAUAAUGCUGCAGUGCAGGAUAGAGAACAUUAAAUAUUUAUUUUAAAUAUAAAAAAGGGUGAAGAAUGAAUGCGUUGAUACCAUUUCUGUUAAUAUCUUUGUUUUCGGCUAACAUAAUUGUAUCUUAAAGCUGAAUUUUUACUGAAUUAAGAGAAGAUUUGCUCAUCAGUCAUAUUACUAGCAUAAAGAGGUUUUCGGUUAGAUACACAUCUAAAGAGUAAACCAUAUUGCGAAUUGUAGGUAACAAGAAUUUGAUCCUCACUCCAUCCUGCUCUUAAGGACAUGACCUACCCCUGGGCAUCUGGAGGCGCAAAGAAAAUGCAGCUGCUUGCGCCCCUACCUGAGAUCAAAUAGUCCUUGAUCCUCAGUCCGAAACGAGAACUCAUCGAGAGAUGCCACACUUGCAGAACAUCGAGCGGGAUUUUCCCCUUAACUGGACCUUGAAUCCCAUUCGGAUCUCUAGUAGUCUCGCCGCAAAUACUCUUUCCUUAUAUCGAAAGAUCUCGCAAAACAUGUGGCGCAGUUGUAUUCAAUUUUGCCAUAGUCCCAAGUUCCAGCAAUAUGUUAGAUUCCUCGAGUCCAGUCUCUGUCAGUUUUAAAGAGCAAUGAUCCAAGAAAAUGCGUCGUCGCCUCGUCUUCAAAACAGAUUGCUUUUGAUUUGCAAUCUUGGCACGUUGACGAUGCCAAAAUUUGUUAGUUGAAUUCAUUAUAGCGAUACGCAGAGAGUCAGUCAACGAUCUCGUUCCGAGAGGGGGGUUUCGCUUUGUUGUUUCAGAGUUCUGAAAUACAACAAUUUGUGGCAUUGUAAAGUGCUCGUAACGCGAUUGGGUUUGGGGCAUUUCCAAGUCGGCGGCUGGGAAACUACCCUUGCCGCAGCAAUUCCACCAUCCAACCUUCAGUAGGGGGAAAACACCUCGCUUGGAGCUGCAAUAAAUUCCGGUCGCUAUCAAGACGAGCGUUCAGUAACGUUUCAAAGCCAGACGCGCUAAGAUUGCUAAUUCCAAAGCUUCGACCAGUCGACGAGCAUCAGAACAUGGAGCACAUUCGAUUUGUUGACAAAGUCUUUAGAGCCCUGAUCGCCGGCACCCUGCUGCUCCUGAUGACCGCCAUUUACCGGGAGGACAACAACUCCGGAUCCCACUACAUCCAUCCAAGACACGCCAUGCAGUAGCUCCAUCGUGGUCUACUAAGAUCGAUUCAACCUAGUCCGAUGCAAUCGAAUCUCUCGAAAGUGCGGCACAAAAACCGGUUGUGUAUAUUGCCGGCUCGACGACAUAUCGCCAUAUCAACUAACUGCACAAAUAAUGUUAUGUUAUAUGUUAAUAAUGUUAAUGUUAAGAAACAUGUGUAAUUAUCUAUAGCUCAUCCCAUCGUAACUAAUCUAACUUAUGUGCUAUAAUGUUAAUACUUAGAAAUUAGUUUUAGUGUGAAAAUAUAAUAUAAAAUGCAAUGUAUAUGAAC